AUAUCGAAAAGUGUAUAGUUUCUACGCACAUAAUCGCCGAGAUGCCUUCAGCUGAAAAUCAAAGCGAGGAGUCGAGAUUGCUCCUCGUGUCGAACCGACUGCCCAUCACAAUCAAACGCUCAGAUGAUGGAAAGUAUGACUUUUCCAUGUCAUCGGGGGGUCUCGUCAGUGGAUUGAGCGGACUGACGAAAUCGACUACGUUUCGUUGGUAUGGAUGGCCUGGCUUGGAGGUUCCUGAAGAGGAGAUUCCUGUGGUGCAAAAGCGUCUCAAGGACGAAUAUGGAGCUAUUCCCGUCAUGAUUGAUGACGAGCUUGCCGAUAGACAUUACAACGGCUUUUCUAAUUCUAUUCUCUGGCCGCUAUUCCACUACCAUCCUGGUGAAAUCACAUUCGACGAAUAUGCAUGGGAUGCAUACAAGAAAGCCAAUCGCCUGUUCGCGCAAGCUGUUGCUAAGGAUAUUCAAGACGGUGAUUUAGUGUGGGUCCACGAUUACCAUUUGAUGCUGCUACCGGAAAUGCUGCGAGAAGAAAUUGGUGAAUCAAAAAAGAAUGUCAAGAUCGGUUUCUUCCUUCACACACCGUUCCCCAGCAGCGAGAUCUAUCGAAUUCUACCUGUGCGAAAUGAGCUCCUACUAGGUGUUUUGCACUGUGACCUGAUCGGGUUCCACACUUACGACUACACACGACACUUUUUGAGCAGUUGCUCUCGACUUCUUAACCUACAAACUACUCCGAAUGGAAUCGAGUUUCAAGGCAAAAUUGUCGCUACCGGAGCGUUCCCUAUUGGCAUUGACCCCGACAAGUUCAAGGAUGGACUUCAAAAGGAGAAAGUCCAGAAACGAAUUGAGAUGCUUGAACAAAAGUUCCAAGGCGUGAAACUGAUGGUCGGAGUUGAUCGCUUGGAUUAUAUCAAGGGAGUUCCCCAGAAACUACAUGCUUUGGAGGUCUUCCUUAGUGAUCACCCUGAAUGGGUUGGCAAGGUCGUGCUUGUCCAAGUUGCAGUUCCUAGCCGACAAGACGUCGAGGAAUAUCAGAACCUGCGAGCAGUUGUCAAUGAACUUGUUGGCAGGAUUAAUGGAAAAUUUGGUACUGUUGAGUUCAUGCCAAUCCACUUCCUGCAUAAGUCCGUCAACUUUGACGAGCUCAUUGCCUUGUAUGCCGUCUCAGACGCAUGCAUCGUGUCCUCUACUCGUGACGGAAUGAACCUCGUCGCCUACGAAUACAUCGCUACACAGCACAAGCGUCACGGCGUCCUUGUCUUGUCCGAAUUUGCCGGUGCAGCUCAAUCACUCAACGGCAGCAUCAUCGUUAAUCCCUGGAACACAGAAGAACUCGCCGGAGCUUAUCAAGAAGCCGUGACCAUGAGCGAGGAACAGAAAGCGCUCAAUUUCUCCAAGCUCGAGAAGUACGUGUCCAAAUACACGAGCGCAUUUUGGGGACAAUCGUUUGUCAGUGAAUUGAAGCGCAUCUCCGCACAGUCGAAACAGAAGGUUUCAGUGAGAAAAGCAUCGAUCCUUGUCCCUGGUGUCUCUACACCUGCGGUUAAUGGCGAUGAGCAGACGGCCCCUGAUGAAGUGGUGGUAGUGUCGUCGGAGGAGGAAGAAGUAGGGGAGGCUAAAUCUUAG